AUGAAGUUUCUCGUGUUGUUGUUGGCUCUUCCCACUGUAGUCGCUGGAAUGAAGGUUCUGCGUAUUCGAGACGGCGCCGCGAAAAAUGCUCCACUCACCAAAGAAUUUGGGCUUUUGUUGAAUGAUCAUCCCUCCAAUUUCCUUCGCGAUCUUGAAGGAUUCGAUAUAUUCAGUAUGUCGCUGAGCCUCUCAAUGGGGCAUGGAGGCCAAGGAAGCUCAGUGCCUUCCCCAACAAUCUCGCCCACUGGAACGACAAUGGGAAGUCCAACAACCAGCCCAACAGCGGUUCCAUCGGUCCUUCCAUCGGCUAUCCCAUUGACUGGCACGCCUAUCUCGCCAACGUCUUUGUCCCCCCAAAUUUCCUCCUCGGUUCCGGCUUCUGCCUCUCCGGUUGCUGGAAAUGCUACCGUCGCCAUGUUUACACUCAACCCAACGGUCGCGUCGACAAUUGGCCAAGGAGCGACAUUGGCCACGGACGAUGGUCGUAACGCCAAUGUGUCUAGCGGACCAAGUGUUGGGCAAACGUCCAUGAUUGUUGUGUUGGCUUUAGCGGCUGCGGCAGUCGUUGGCGCUCUCACGGUGCGCCAACUUUACAAGAAAAAAGGUUCCCAUGCGCAAUCCAGCCUUUCGGAUGUUUCCGGUAGUCAGCUCCAAAUCUGA